AUGACAGCGCGUUUAUUUUGGGUAAAACCACGACUACACAAACUUAAGAUCCUCGCAAUUGACGGUUCGCCACCUGGACACAUAGAAACUGAAGCCGUUGUGAUUGAAACUUUGAACGAGCUUAAGGCACGAAUUGUGACAGCACAAAAGUGGACGGGAUAUGGGGCCACGCUAAAAUACAGGAAGAUUGCUGGCGAAGCCGCUGAACGUGGGGCAGCUGCAGUACUUGUAAAAUCAGUCACGCCAUUCUCGCUCUACACACCCCAUACUGGAGCUGGUGCAAGAGGUAUUACUUUCCGUUGGAAACAUUAGUU